CUGGCCGCGGCUCACCAGGCAGUGUUGUGGUGGACGCGGUGUGGAGAGCACAUGUGAACGUUCGUCCCGCGCGCACUCACGCCCGCGCCCCGUGCUGGCCAAGCGACGCAUCUGUAGGCCUCUUGUGUAAUCAGAAAACAAACGGUCAUGUACCAGGUGUGGCGCACCUUUGGGAAGAAAUUUAUACCAUGUCGUUCUGUUGGCGUGUGAAUAAGUCGUAUGUGAUGAGGAUGGAUGAAUGAUGUAAACUUUUGUGUGAAACGAAAAGAAAAGUACUGUUUCGGUGAUGGAAACGGCCAAGUUGUAAGCUCAUUGUCAAAGAGCGUUAGACACUCGGUAGAAAAGUGCCUCUGAGGCUUAACGAGGAAGUGCUGCUGGUCAGCUGUCAGGAGUGCCACAGCCAGUUAUGUGGGGCCGCGGCACACCUAGCGGCCCUAGGACCCCUGGCCCUACGGUAGGAGGAGGCGAGGGCUCUCCUUCGGGCAGCAGGGCGUGGGCGGAGAAUUUCCCAGAGUGUGAGCCAAAUAAUCGCACGUGACCCGACGUGCCCUCGCCCACGAUGACGCUCAUCGUGCCCCCAGGGGAGGACCUCUUCGCCUCCGAUGGGGACAGUGGGUGUCUGGGCAGCUCCCCAGACGAGGGGGGAGAGGGAGGCCUGCAUGUCAGUGAGAGCUCGCAGGUAUUCCUCAAGGAGCUGAAGCGGGUCUCGCUGACAGACGAAGUGCCUCCUGCCCCAAACGGACAGGAUGUGCCCGUGACCACAGGCGAGCAGGACGCGUCCCCUCCCUCCAAGGGCCAGGCCACGCCCCCCACCCGAGAGGGGAAGGAUACUAAUGGAGUAAAGAGUGAUAGCGAAAGUGUGCAAUACCAAAGCCGUGUGUACAAUGGAUCGUGCCACAUACCGGACGGAAGUUGCGUACGUGAUAGUGAACACAAGCUAAUCAAAGUGGGCGUGGAGGGCACAUGCCCGCCCACGCCUCGCCCGGUGGUAUACGAGUCCCGUGUGAGCCUGGACGCCGCCCCCCAGUGCGCAAAUGGUGACCCCAGGUCGAAGCUGGAGGGGCCCGCGUUAGUGUCAGUGCCCAAGGUCCUCGUUGCCUCCCAAGUGAACUCGUGUCUGGAACAGGGCGCGCCUGACGCGGCCGUUCCUCUCGCAAGCCAAACAAAUGUGUCUGUGAUGCAGCUGGCCCUGCCCGCCUCCAACUCCGACGCCAGUGGCGACGUCGCCGAAGUCAGAGCCCGAGACCUGUCAGGGAAGCUGGAGGAAAGUGACGGUGUCGGGGAAGGCGGCGCGGCCAAGCCUUCCGGUGACGGCGGUGAUAAAACCAGUGAUAAAGCUAGUGAUGUAAUAGGUAGGGAAGACAGUGGUAAGAGUGACUCGCCCAGUGAUUUAGGUGGUGAGAAUGGUAAAGGAGAGAUUAGCUCGGAAAACAAAGAGAAAAACAAUAACCAUUCUGGCAUAAGUGAUUUGACGAAAAUACGAGACUAUGUAAAUUUCGGAGAAAAGAUCUCAGAAGCCAAAUGCAAGCGUGACAGCCCAGACGAGCAACAGUUAUCCCCGAAGGCAAACAGGAAAGAUAUCGACAUUCACGCAGCCAAGCAGAAGAUAAAUCUCUUGAGACAGAACUUCCUCUCGUCGCUUUCCUCAGACGAUGGCAGUGACACCGCUGAUCCCCUCCUCUCCUCGCCCCCCGCUGGCCCUCCCACCCCCAUUCAGGGGGAGGAAGCAGAAGGAAGGCUUUGCUCCAAGAAGGGAGCGUCGGCGCCUUCUGAGACGAGGGCUGAGCCAGCUGAUGAGCGACCAGCUGGCAGCGUGGAUGCCGCCCAGCAGGAACGGGAGGAAAGCACACCGCAUGAGUCCGCACGUGACACCGCCCCGCCGGGUGAACCUUCUGUCGUCUCAGAAGAGGUCGCCGGGGAGCACAGCGCCACGCCGACGAAGGACCAGGUGGACCCUGCGACGACUCCCGAGGAAGGAGACGUACGCAGAAGUAUGGGUCAUAAUACUGAGAGCGAGACGGUUCCCAGCGCUGCGUGGAUGGGCCCCAAGUGCGGUAAGGGGAUCACCGAGUGUGAUAUUACACCCGGGACAAACCUGGAAGGUGGAACCACGGUAGACUCCACCGCUGUGGUCAACCUCCACCCCCAUUCGGCCCAACUGCCGCCAACGCCGCCCUCGUCCCCUCCAGGGGAGAAGUCCCACACUCGGCCGCCAUGCGUGAAAGGUCACUCUGCAAACUUAGUAAACAAGUUGAUGUACGAGUCCAGCAAGCAUCGGCGCGGAAACGAAGGUGAACAGACGGAGGAGGAGGAGGAGGUGAUGGUGUCAUCCUGCCCAAGCAUUUUACAGACGCCCCCCCACGUGGGAAGGGGCGAGGAGGCGGCUCGGCGGGCGGGGAGUGAGUGCGAGAGUCAACCCGCGCCCCCCCUGCCAGCACUUCCACUCGCGCAACCGCCUCGACAACAUGGAAAUCCACACGUGCAGCGCCCCUCCGCCAGCGCUCAUUGCGGAACGCAGGACCAGUUGUGUCACCAGCUCGCACUGUCACCCGGAGGAGGCGCGGGGGAGGACCGCACCCAAGGCGCCCACCACCUCUCUCCACCUCUCCUCCGGAGGGACCCGGGGGACCUGCAGGAGGAGGAGCACCAAGGAGGCCUCCUGGUGGCACUGACAGGGGAGGCUCCUUGUUGCAGCACCUACGACGUCAGGCUGACGCCCGACCACGCUCGGUUAGAAGGACGUUGCGGCAUAGAACCGUGUCAUUCUCGGCAGUGCUGUGUGGCGUCAGACAGUGCCGCAGUGACCAGCACCGGGCACUGCGCGAAACAGUGCGUCCAGAUCGAGCCCAACCCUCGCGGCGAGAGGCAGCCCUCCUGCGCCUGCCCGAGACCAGGGCUGAGAACUACCUCAUUAGGCCCCAAGCAGAACUUGGUGUCCUCGUGUGGCUCGCGGCGGUGCAGCGGGUGCAGUGCCAGUGACAGUGAGAAUGCGCUGGAGAGACCCUCGUGCUGCAACGAGAUCUCGUGUCUCCAUUACCUCAACCUUGAGCCCGGAGAUUUGUUAGACAGUGACGCAGAAUAUGAUAUCGAACGAAAAAACAGACUGAGAGCAGCGUGUGAGGACAUCGCGCGGGCACUCAACACCCUUCCACCCCCGCAGCCCCCGGACUAUCCUCCGCCACCCAGGGGCAUCUCCAGCUUCUCCAGGAGCCACGCGCCGGCCCCUCAGUAUCGAGACCAGCAAGUGGAGGCUCACCUUUCCGAUUCGGAGGACCAGCAGGGCGUCGACAGCCUCCAUGUGCACAUGAGGAGCCGUGGCACCAGCACGGCAUCCGAUGAGGAGCGACGGAGCAGCGUGUACGACAACUGCGGGAUGGACGGGGGCAUGUGUGAGUGUGGGCAAUGUCACGCCAGCGACGUAGAAGACUACACGCGCGUCCCUCCGCGUCUUCCCGCCAGCGCCCGCAAGCGGAAUCGCGGCCGCAAGGAAACGGACCGUUCCAGCUGCGGUAGUGAACGGGACGCAAGCGACCGCGAGCUCGAGGACGAGGGUUUCCGCACGGACGCCGGGGAAGGGUGUCGCACGGACGAGUUCGAAGUGUGCACGACGUCCGACGACAACGAUUACGACGACGAUUACUGUCAGACUGACGACUGCGGGGAGGAGUGUGACUAUUGCAGUGGUGAUGACGCCGAGGACGAGGACGAGGGCACGUGCUACAUGUGCAAGCAGAGCCAGCUCAUAUCCCCCGCGUGCAAGCAUCCGGGCGUCAUAACGAAUGGAAUCCUCAAGUCCCUGAGCGGGCGGAGGGCGAGCGAGAAGGAAGCAGUGCGCGUGCCCCGACAGAGGUCGCUGGCGCAGGCCCAUUCACCGGCGCCAGCUCACGCGGCAGGGGCUCGGCGCCAUCCGGGAGUCAAGCAUCACCAGUGACGAAUUGGCCGAAUCGGAGGAGGAACGCUCUUACGAUGG